AUGAGCCACUACCGCAGUUAUUUGCAUGGUCAAGAUGUAACGGUGUAUACAGAUCACUCUGCCGUUAAAGCGACUCUCAAUGCACCCAGCCCUUCUGGAAAGCACGCUCGCUGGUGGACCAAGGUCUACGGGGCUGGAGUCCGGAAUCUCAAGAUACUCCACAAGCCUGGGAAGAAUAAUGGUAAUGCAGAUGCUCUCUCACGUAGCCCAUGCAAUCCUGCCCCGGAAGAAGGAAUGGGAGAAGCUGAACUGCAAGUAGCAGCAAUCUCUUCGAACCUCAUCGGAGAUCACGAUCUCUCUUCUCUCUUGUCACAAGAUCACUCGUCUACAGAACAACGUAUAUCUUUCAGAGAAGAGCAACUCAAGGAUCCACUACUCUUGAACUCGAUCCACUAUCUAGAAGAUGGAACACUGCCAGAUGACGAUAAGAUAGCACGAAAGCUCAUUCUACAAAGUUCUCUGUUCACGAUCUCGGGAGGCAUGUUACAUUUCAUAGACUCUAAGAAGAAGCACCGGGUGAGGGUUGCCGUACCCAACCACCUGACUGGACAAGUAUUGGAUUUGUGUCAUCGAGGAUUAAAUGGAGGACAUUUCUCUGCCAAUCGUACUUACAAAACUCUUGCCGGAAAAUGGUGGUGGGAAGGAAUGUAUAGUGCUACCGAAAGAUUUGUGAAGAGCUGUCCGGAAUGUGCAAUCGUUUCGGGCACUGGUCGCCGCCAACCUCCUCCACUUCACCCGAUCCCAGUUCAUCGCCCCUUUCAAAUCGUAGGGGUUGACGUAAUGGACCUACCGGUGACUACCAAUGGAAACAAACAUGUUGUGGUGUUUCAAGAUUAUCUGACCAAGUGGCCCAUGGUAUAUGCUAUACCUGACCAGAAAGCCCACAGGAUCUCCCGCAUUCCUGUUUGCUGA